CUUGAAACAGAGAUACAUUCGUAUAAACAAGAUGGGAGAAGUUGGACAUAGUAUGAAGAAUCGAACAAGAACCAAGUCUGAGGAGAAGUUGCAAUCAUCUAAAACAAGAGUUCCUCAUGAAAAACCUCCAUUUACACUAAGUGAUCUUAAGAAAGCCGUCCCACCCCAUUGCUUUGAACGUUCUCUUGUUCGAUCUUUCUAUUACGUUUUUCACGAUCUCGCCAUCUUAUCCUUUUUAUAUUACGUCGCCACUUACAUACCCUUCCUACCCCAAUACUAUCGUUUUGUAGCAUGGCCUUUGUAUUGGGUUUGUCAAGGUUGUGUUCAACUCGGUAUAUUGGUCAUUGGUCAUGAAUGCGGUCACCAUGCCUUUAGCGAUUACCAAUGGGUGGACGAUACCGUCGGUUUCUUCCUUCACUCGUCACAAUUGAUCCCGUUCUUCUCGUGGAAAUAUAGUCACCGCCGCCAUCACGCAAACACGGGUUCAAUCGAGCACGACGAGGUCUUCCCGACGAAAUCUAAAUCCGAACUCCCGUGGUUCGCGCAAACAUUGGUAAACCCUGUGACCCGACUAGUCACGCUAGUCGGCUCGUUAUUAGUUGGGUGGCCGUUGUACCUAAUCUUCAACAUGAACGGGCGCGUAUACGACCGGUUCGCGUCCCAUUACGACCCUCGAUCCCCGAUCUUUAACAAACGCGAGAGGCUUCAAAUAUACAUUUCCGAUGCUGGGGUCAUGUUGACUUCCUUCAUCUUGUAUAAGAUCGCCGCUGAGAAGGGAUUCGUUUGGUUGGUGUGCGUUUAUGGUGUGCCGUAUUUGAUUCUAAACGCGUUUAUUGUGACGAUCACGUUCCUGCAACACACGCACACGACGUUGCCACAUUACGAUACGUCCGAGUGGAAUUGGCUGAGGGGAGUCCUAGUGACGGUUGAUCGUGAUUAUGGGAUAUUGAAUAAGGUGUUCCAUAAUAUAACGGAUACUCACUAUGUCCAUCAUUUGUUCACAACUAUGCCCCAUUAUCAUGCGAAAGAGGCUACGGAGGCGGUUAAGCCGAUAUUGGGGGAUUACUAUAAGUUUGACAGCACGCCGUUUUUGAAAGCAAUGUGGAGGGAGGCGAGCCAGUGUAUUUAUGUUCAACAGGACGUGGAUGGCAAGAGCAAGGGAGUUCAUUGGUACAAUAACAAGUUUUAAAGAGGAGGAGAUUCUCGAUGCUGCUGUUUAGUUUGUGUUGUGUUUUGAUGUCUUGUCUUUGUGUUGUGUUGUGUCGUG